CUGCACCUCCACGGAAGUAGCCACUAAAUAACUAACUGUUGUGCUCAUGGAAAAAGAGCGAUUGUAAGUGGGUAUCCCUCUGAAGUUUAGCAAUACACAUCCCCAGCUUGAUAGGGAGGUUAUGACACAUUGUCCAUCUGUGUCCCAAAGUGACAGGAGCCAUGAAGCUUCGGCUGCACUUUGUGAUGGACCCCAUGGGCUGGUUCUGCAUCAGUAUGGUUUUCGCCAUCUGGCUCUACAACUCCUUCUUCGUCCCCAAAUUGGUGCUACUGCCCCAUUUCUAUGAGGGGAAUAUCCCUUGGGCCUUGGUUGUCAGUUACUACUUUGCAUCAGCCCUCUGUAUGGCUGCACUUUUUAGAGCUUCUACAGCCGAUCCUGGCCGACUCCCACCCGACCCCCAAAUCCCUCACUCAGAGCGAGAACAGUGGGAAAUGUGUACCAAGUGCAACACGAGGAGACCAAAAAGGUCCCACCACUGCAGUCGUUGUGGCCAUUGUGUACGUAGAAUGGACCACCACUGUCCAUGGAUCAAUAAUUGUGUAGGGGAGGACAACCACUGGCUCUUCUUGCAACUCUGUUUUUACACACAGGUCCUCAGUUUGUUCACCCUGGCUCUAGACUUCUGCCAGUUCUAUUACUUCCAGCCCUUGACCUCAUUGGACCAGGAGGCAUUCAUGGCACGUCAUGAGCUCGCCCUGAUACGAGUGUCUGCGAUCAUGGGUCUGGUGAUGAUCGGAGGCAUGAGCAGCCUCUUCUAUACUCAGAUGGCUGGCAUCCUGACAGACACCACCACCAUUGAGAAAAUGUCUCACUUCUCAAAGGAAAUAGUCAGGUCUGGUGGUGGGUCAAAGAAAUCCUGGCAGCGGACUCUGGCCGAGGUGUUUGGCACUACCUGGAAAAUCCUGUGGUUCAUCCCGUUGAGGAGCAGGCAACCACUGACCUUUCCCCACCACUUCCGCAGUCACGUGUAGAUAAGUGGAGCUCUGUCCCACUUCAGUCCAGAUGGCAGGCUGCCAUCUCCGACAGAGAAUACACUAUGCACACUCAGCGCCCCCCACCUGCCUUCACCUCCCUGUUUUGUGCCAUCUAAGCUGAUUAGUAGUAUUGGUUGGCCAGUGGAUAUCUUUUCGUCUUUUCCUAUAGGAAUCACAUUGAAAGUGCUUGAACUGAGUCACAAACUCCUCGACAGUCGAGAGACAUUUGACCAAGUGCAACCUAAUGCCCUCCCUUAUACUUACUAGGGGCUCCAUUGUGCUCUGUUGUCACAUUGAGGGAACCACUUUAAGGGGACAUUUCUUUUUAAGGGAACUUUGACAGAAGGGAAAUCAAUAAGAACUACAAGUUGAUUGUAGGGCCAUGUAGACCUUCAAACAACACUAAAUGCUAACUCUAACUCAAUAGCCAUUAGACAGCCAAUUAAAAAAUAUUUAUAAUUUGUGUCGCCUUCUUGGCACUCAUGGUCCAUUCAUGUGUCAUAAAUCAACAGUGUUUCUGCUGUUGUCUGGUGGGCUGUGGCCUGUUGUUUUCAGGAUAAAAAAAUGACAUUUUUAGUCCGUCUCCCAAGUGGUUUGUAUACUUGCCUUUUUACAGAAGGCUAUACAAGUAAUUAUUUUGGUUAGAAGUUGAUAUCAAGUGGUGGACAUAUUGGUUUGUGGAUUGCUAUAAGAAAGAGUAGUUCCAUGAUUGAGCUGCAUUCCAUAAUUAUAUUGUAAAAGAGUUCCUUUGCUUGACUUUUUACCCAUAUUUUUUAAAGAAUGUGUUAUGAUGCUCCUACCAAAAAGAAAUGCCACUAGUAACACCUGAUUUGAACAAUGUUAUAAUGCCUAGUACAGAAGGCAAACUUAAAGUUGCCAUGAAACUCAUUAUGUGUCGCAUCUUUGAUAGUUGCUCCAUAAACCUUUUUAUGAAGGGUUUGAAGGAGAAUUUACUCACCUGGCUAAAUAAAGUUAUAAUAUGGUUCUACUAUUAAUAUAUUAUGCACUGAAACACAAGUUUUAGUGUACCACAGAUCAGGGUUGCAACUUCCACUGGGGACGGGGGACGGGGGGGACGACAUACCACCCCCCCGACACAUUCUGAAGUCGCAUUUUUGCCCCCCCCCCAUUUUAUAAUUGGAAUGUGAUACAAGACGAGGGAACCGUGGAUUUUAGGACCGUGCGAUGCCUCCGAGCAGUCAGGUUGGUUGUUUGGAGUGUUUAUCAGACUUGAUUAAAAAAUAUAUAUAUAAUAAUAAUAAUGUCCCCCCCACUUCUAAAACCCAACGUUGUGCCCAUGCCACAGAUAUAUGGUAGAGACCGGCAAUGAAGGAGACCUUUGCUUGCAACAUGACUGUCUGUCAUGCAUCAUUUUGCCAUAAACUAGCAUAAUGCCUAAUAAUAUCUAUAAUGUCAGCCUUAUGACCGUGUUACGCAGGCCUUAUGACUGUUACGCAGGCCUUAUGAUAGUAUUAUGCAGGCCUUAUGACAGGGUUCAAGUAAAGCGUUACCCAAAUAUCUUACUGUUAAAGUUGGUAGUUGACUUUCUUAGCCGUCGCAACUCAGUUGCACUGUUUGUUUCUGUAGUUUAGUUGGUAGAGCAUGGCACUUGCAAUGCCAGGAUAGUGGGUACAAUUCCCGGGACACCCGUACGUAAAAUGUAUGCACACAUAGUCGCUUUGGAUUAGGUGUCUGCUAAAUGGUAUAUAUUUUAUUUAUUAUAUAGUACAAAUAAAUAGAAAAGUACAAAUGUGUGCACUAUCCACAUACUGUACCUUAUAAAAUCAGUUGAUAGAUAGCUAAUUACGUAUCGAGCUACAGGGCUUUAACAACCAACCAUGACUUAUUUUGCAUCAACAGUGGUAACCGUGUCUUUAUCUCCCACUUUCAUUACCAUCAAUUAGACAAACAUCACAGAGUCUUUGUUCAUCCAUUUUAAAAACAUUUUUGCUUGUUGCUUUUUCAAACCUCCACACUGCCUAAAGCCAAAUGAUUUAACCUUACCAAUGACCACAGACUAAGACUAAAAAUGUCACAAUGUCACAAUGAACUGUAUCAAGAUUCAUUUCAGGGUAUAGCAAAUAGUUGUAUUUAUGUCUAUUGGCUGUUGUACACUUGGUUGUAACAUUGUUCAUAAAUCCUCCUCCUACUUCUAAAUAUGCACUGAUAUACUGUACCUCUGUGUAUUUUGUACACAUUCCACUUUAUUUUUCUACUCAAGUUUCAUUUUGUUUUUAUGUACAUGUUUUAAUGACUGUUAAGUCGAUUACUUUUGAUCAUUUGAAUGUAUGAUGCUAACUUUGACUUUUCUGUACCUAGUGUGACUUAAUUAACCCUAUCAGUCCCGAGAACCCAGCAACAAUUUGAUUUAAAUGUAUCUGCAUGUACAGCCCUUAUGUUAUCAGGGCUACAAGUAGAACACAAAACAAUUUGACAUAAAUAGUUGCAUUCAUGAGUUUUAUUGACAAUUGUCAAAAACCAACAAAAAAAGUCAGCCAAAGCAAAAAGCUGAUAAAAAUGAAUUCAUAUGAACGCUGUUAAGUGCAGAAAUUGUUUGCUCACUGGGAAAUUAAUAUCCAACUCGUCAGUGACAACUCUUUGGAGUUUGAUAGCAACUAUGAGCUUGUUACAGUAGUAUAGAGAAUAUGUCCUGGUAUUUCCUAUGAUCUUCUAUGUAGAAGAACCCUUUAGCUUCUAACGACUUGUGUAGCAUGUGGGCAACACAGAGCAAAAUAUUUUACACGUGCGUGUUCGUAAGAGUUUCGGCUUUUCAUAGGCAGCUUUCAAUAGUUUUUAUAGCUCAAACCAUUUGGACUCAUUUUUGCAAAAAUAACCGGUCCGAGCCCCUUCGGGAUCUGCCCUUGUCUCACAACACAGCUCUAGUCAGCCCCUGUUAAUCACACAGACUAAUGGGAUCUACGGAUGCAGAAGAAAUAUAUUCAUCCAAUGGUGAACCCCAGAAGUCUGUAGCUCAAACACACUAUGUUUAAAAGGGUCUAGAAGUCCAAAACGCCCCAGCAUUACGGUGGGACUCAUUAGGUUAAUGGAGUCUCAGAACUGUUUAUGUUAGUAUCUUAUUGUUUUCAUGUUAAUUGUGAGUACAGCUGCUGUCAAUUGUCUGUCAUAUUUGUAGUUUCCUUGAUUGUUUGUAAAUGGUAGUGGACACUGAAUACAUUAUUUUUUAUAAGAA